AUGAUUGCACAAUCACAAGCACGUGAUGAAGACGUAGAAAUCGGCAGCAUACCUCCACUUCUCCGAUCUCACCCACUUGAACUUGCCAAAUUGGGAAAAGAACUAAGGCGGAUUGAGAAAAGGGCUGCAUUGCAACGUCGCGAGCGUCAGAAUUCGGUGACUGGAUUUACGCAAAUCGUGCCUGGUCUGAGCAGCAGCAGCAGCAGCAGCUGCAGCAGCGAUGGUGCGACGGAGUUGAAGCACUUUCGCUAUGCUCGGCCGCGCGUCACCUUCCAGAACGCGGAUCAAAUUCCACGACGACGACGACGACCACAAUCGGCAGUUGAUGACGAACCCGCGGAGGAAGAAUGGCGAAUCCAGACAAACUUCAACAUGAAUAACUCAGCAAUGGCAUGUGAGCAGGAGAUGAAACGCCUGCGAUAUGACUUUAGACGACUCGUAAAUGACUUGAAGGGAUCCCACAUUGCUGCAGCGAUUAACUUAUCAAUUCCACUUCCACCACGACAAUCCUGGUGUAGAAUGGAAGAUGAGGGCCUAGAAGAGCAAACUGAUGGUGAUGCGGAAGAUAUUGAGCACAACGCAAAUGCUUUGUUGGUGGUUGGGGAUGAAAACCAGAGUCAAAUCAACUUUGCGAAGGUGAAGUCAUCGCAGGAGGUGCACAAGCCCUCAUCCAACCCUGUCAAGAAUAAAACACAGUUGUCAGAAUUUUAUUCUUGCAAUUUUACCAUAUUCGCCGCUUACAUCGCCCUAAGAGUCUACUUCGGUGAGAUCGCAGUGGACUCCCAUUCCACCAGCCUACUAGCCAUCCUUGACCUCUCGCCGGAUAACGUGAUCACCUGUCCGAAGCUGAAGAGCCUGCUGCUCAAGGCCAAAGCCACUGAGGCGCAAUACGCACAGGAGGCGGCUCUUCAAAGGGCAACCGAGCCUCUACGUGGCACCACACAGGGCGCUGCUCGGUCCCCCUCGCUAUUCUUCGUCCAUAACCGCGUUCGCUAUCGCCACUCGGAGAGCCCUGUGUGGGGUGGUGCUGGCAGUGGGAUUUUAAUCACCUCCGCUCCAUCUUUGUUGCAAACUGGGCGCACGAUGGCGCGUAGUGUGAGUGGCAGGAGGAGCACCAGUAGGAGUGGCGAUAGAAGCGGUGGUAGGAGCAGCGAGAUGAGUAGCACAGGGCACCUGCAGCCCCGAAAGGACUCGAAUCUGCUUGCGUCGAGACCCUUGCGCAAGCGAAGCAUCAGCACUUUCCACAUGGUACCGAGAAAGCCUUCUGUCAGUAGCAAUGUUUCUAUGCGUUCGGAAAGCGAUGCUUCCGACAGGAAAGGGAAUGUCCACACAACAGUGUCGUCAACUCGUGGACGACGGGAAAACACGCAGGAGAAGAGCUCCAACAUGUUCUCAAUGCUACAACGCCUGCGCAUGAAGAAUGCCCCUGUCUAUCUUUCACUGCGACCGGUGCAACGCAUCUCGGAGAGGAUUAAGACCACUUUGUCCAGACUCACCAUCAGCAUGAUGAGGGGCGGCAAGUAUCACCAAAUUAAAAAGGCGAGAAUUUAUUCCGCAUUCUAUGAAUUGCUCUGUAUUGUAAGAGUCACACCCAAAGAGGUGGUGGAUCACGUGAACCGUCUGAACGAAGCCUGGUUGACGUGGGCAGAGCUCUCCAUCUUCAGACCAGUCGAGUUGCUGAAGUAA